UAUCCACACCGGGGACCGACCCUACAAAUGUGCUCACCCUGGGUGUGAAAAGGCUUUCACCCAGCUUUCCAAUCUGCAGUCCCACAGACGGCAGCACAACAAAGACAAACCUUUCAAGUGCCACAACUGCCACCGUGCGUACACGGAUGCUGCCUCAUUGGAGGUACACCUGGCCACGCACACGGUGAAACACGCCAAGGUCUAUACCUGCUCCAUCUGCAGCCGGGCCUACACCUCGGAGACGUACCUGAUGAAGCACAUGCGGAAACACAACAUCCCUGACCCACAGCAGCAGGUGGUUCAGGCACAAGCCCAGGCCUCGCAGCAGCAGCAGCAGCACUUCCAGCCACAGGGCGGGGGGGCAGCAGGGGGCCCUUCUGGAGACACUAACCAACCCAACCCUCCCCCUCAGUGCUCCUUUGACCUGACUCCUUACAAGACUUCAGAGCAUCACAAGGACAUCUGCCUCACUGUCAGCACCAGCGCCAUCCAAGUGGAGCACCUCUCCAGCUCCUAGAGAGACCUCAGCCCAGGGAGCAGAACGCCUCUUGUGCAUAGCCUGUGCCCAGGGGCACCGCGUGUGCAGCGGCCCUCCUUGUGCAACAGUCUCCGGCCUCUCCUCCUGCAACAGCCUCUUCUGGCCGUGUAACCCUGUUCAUGGCAGCCCCUUGAACAAGAGCCUGUCUCAAGGGGGUGCUCCUUCUGUGCAACAGCCUGCCUGGUAGGAGGAUGCUUCCUUGUGCAAGAGCCCCUUUCCUGUGCUGGGAUCAGUUCCUCAUGCAAGAGCCCCUUCUUUCAAACCCAAAGAAAGGCCCCCGUUUUGCCUUCUCUCUCACUGUAGGAUGUGUAUGAAGGGGGGUUGCGUGUUGAGACACACGUGGUGGAUGGGAUGGAGAGUCCCUGUAUGUACAGGGGCUUGGACACAUGUUUUCAGCAGGCCACAGAAGAAUGUGGCAGGGUUCACAGCUGGAUGGGGAACUUUGAGGGUUGCCUUGAGUGUCUGAGAGAAAUAUCCAUUCCUGUCCCUCCUGCUUGUGAAAGGGAGGAGGGGUUGCUGGUCCUGCCCCAAGGACUGGAUGGGAGAAACCUUCUCCCAGGUGGAAGGUGAGACCAGUGGAGGGGGGAGAGGUGAGGUUCUCUGGGCCAGACAGGUGCCUACACUGCCCAAGGGCUGUGGAGUAUUGCAUU